AUUGCGAAAAAUAACCGAGCUUUACCUUUUCCAUUAACCUUUUGCCGUAGCUUCCAAUGUGCUUUUCAAAUAACCAACAAUUAAUCUAAUUGUAGUGAUGAUUAGAUAAUCUUAUCUAAAAAACUCACCAUAAUUCAGAUUAAUCAAAUUGGUUUAAAAAAUUAGUUAAUGGAAAAGAACUUUAAUUUCUUAUUUCUCAUCAAAAACUAAUGACACAAUUAUAACGCAAUGAGACAUAAAUUUUAUUAAUUACUCGUUGUUUUUUUCCUCCAAAUUAACUAAUUGUUAACUCGUGUCACACAUUUAAACCAACUGAUUAUAAACAAUGAAAUCAAUUAAAACAAACUUAAUGUUGGUGUUCAAUGUUAAUCAUCAAUAAGCUUAAUCCACUUUCAAUGGUUAAUCCAUCUCAACAACAACAACAACAACAACAAAACCGGAAACCGAAACAAAAAAAACCACAGAAACAAGUUAAUUGUUACAAUUAAUUAAACACAUUUUCAUCAUAAAUUGACACAAUUACAACAAUUUUCCAAUCAAAAUGUAUCAACACCAAACAAGAUCAGAUAAAUAGAUUACAAUCAAAAUCUUAAUUGAGAUGUUGCAAUAUAAUUGAUGCGAAAAUGAUUUUUAUGGAUUAACAAGAAUGUAAAAAAAAAUGUUAAUCAUUUAUAAUGGUAACGGAUUAACUGCCCUUACCUAUGGACUCUCAAUGGUAUUAACUCUAAGUUCAGGUGGUAUAGUUAUAAGAUAAACAGAUUAGCUUAAUCUCAUCUUCUCAUUCAAAAAUUUGAAAUUCUAAUCCUCUGGUCUCUCUCACUCUCUCUCUCUCUGUCUUAAUAUUGGAAAGAAUGAUUAUCGAUAGGUGGUGACACCUUCUUACUUCCCUUUCACUCUAUCGUUCUCUCUCCCCCUUAUCUUCCUACUCACUUAUUUUCAUCAUCUUUCUCCUAUUUCGUUCAUUUUUGUUUCUAAUGUUCAACCAUUAACUUCAAAUUUUUCUUCAUCAUCAUCAUCAUCACAACAAAUCAACAACGUGAAGAAGAACAACAAACAAAACUUUUUUUUUCUUCUUUUUGUUUUGUUUUGUUUCUCUCUCUCUCUCGUCGAAAUUAAAAAACUUUUCUUUCGUUUUAUUUUUUGUUCAAAAUUCGGAGAAAAAAACCGCCGUGUCCAUCUCUCCCAAUGGAGGGAUGCGAAUCCGAUGAGGAAUCUGGUGCCAACUAUUUGGUCAACGAUCUAAAAGGUUAUUCAUACGAGGAGCAAUUUAAGCAGCUCUACGAUUUAAGUGAUCAUCCGGAUCGUCGAUCGUUUUUAAACGACCUGUUUGCUUUCAUGCAACAAAGAGGAACUCCUGUUAAUAGGAUUCCAAUUAUGGCGAAACAAGUUCUUGAUCUAUAUGAACUUUAUCGACUAGUGGUCGCCCGAGGAGGAUUAGUUGAAGUUAUUAACAAAAAAAUUUGGAGAGAAAUAACCAAAGGGUUAAAUUUACCUUCUUCCAUCACAAGUGCCGCUUUUACCCUUCGAACACAAUAUAUGAAGUAUUUGUAUCCCUACGAAUGUGAGAAGGAACAUUUAUCGUCUCCUGAUGAGUUACAACAAGCAAUUGAUGGUAAUCGACGUGAAGGUCGUCGAUCAUCAUAUGGACAUUAUUCAGAUAUGAUCGGAUCUCCUGUAGGUGCGGGAGGAUCAGGAGGAUCAGGUGGAGGAUCAAAUGAAGGUUUAGCUGGACCAAGUGUCGGAAUGAGUGUCAGUGGAUUGAGUGGAUUGAGUGUUGGUCCAAGUGGUUAUAAUGGUGGCCCAUCUUCUGGGGCUGGACCAUCGGCAUCAUCAUCUCAUCGAAGUGUAUCAACUCCAUCACUUCAUCAUCUUAGUUCAUCAUCUGCUCUUUCACUUGUUAAUCGUCAUCUUAUUAAUGGUAUAAGUGGUCAAAGUGUUAAUAGUAAUAAUAAUAAUAACAAUGGACAUGGAAAUAGAUCAACAAGUUUAGGAAUGGGAACAAGUUCACGAAGUGUCGGUGGAAGUGGAGGAGGAGGAGGAGGAGGAAGUGGUGAUUGUGGUUCAGGUUCAUCAGGUGAUGAAGAUGAUAAUGUUUCAUCAAUUCAUCCUCUUUCCAUCCAACCUUUAUUAGCCUUAGCAUCAGCUCAAGCCCAAGCUCAAGCUCAAGCUCAGGCCGAAGCUCUUAAUCUUGAAACAAAACCGUCAAUUAAUAAUAACAAUAAUUCUAGUGCCCAUUCUGGACUUAAUGGACCUUCAUCAUCAUCCCACCGAAAUGUGAAAAACUCAUCAUCAUCAUCACCUCUUUCACUUGUUAAUCGUCACUUAAUGAACGGUGUUAAUCUCAAUAAUUUAAACAACAAUAAUCAUAAUGGUCGCCAAGGAAGUGGACAACAACAUUCGAGGAUGAACACAAAUCAAAGUGAAAGUAUUCCAAUGGAUGAUUGUGGUUCAGGAUCAUCAGGGGAAGACGAAGAAGAUAACUCAAUAAACUCUCUUUCUUUCGGUCAACUUCUCGGCUUCGCUUCAGCUCAAGCUCAAGCUGAAGCCAUCAACUUAGAAGCCAAAAACGGUAACGGAUUAAGUGUCCUUCACAAUCAUAUAAAUAAUCUCGCCUCAAAUAAUCAAAACCUCGAGACAAAUAAUAAUAAUAAUUCAAUGUUAUUGAGUAUGAAAGUAAAUAAUAUCAUCUACUCUGGUAUUUUAUAUGCAACUCGUCCAGUGAAACGUUAAAAAGACACAACAAUCAACAACAAUCAACAACAAUCGACAACAACGCGAAAUGUUUAAUUUACUCACAAUUAAAGCCUUGGAUUUAUCAGCUCUCUCUCUCUUUCUAAUUAUCUCAGUCUCUCUCACACUCAUUCACUCGCCAUCAGCAUCUUCAUCAUCAUUAUUACCUCAGAAAAUUUCAUCUCAUUUUUUUUGCUAUCAUUAUGAGUGAGUGUUUUAAAUUAUCAAUAAUUAUUAUCAACAAUUUUAUAUUAAUUGAUAUUGAUUGACUGAUCAACAAUGCAACAAAAGCGUUAACUUUAAUGAUAAUAAUGAUAAAUGCUUUUAAUGCUCUUAAUGAUUAUAAUCAAUGAUAAUUUUUUUAUUUUCAUUGAUCAUCAACAACAAUUAACCAGUUGCCUUCUCCCUCCACCUACACCUCCCUCUCCCUCUCCUCUCUCUCAUUCUGUUUCCUCAUUUAUCUUCAUCAUCUAUCAUCUCAUCAUCAUCUUCAUCAUCAUUAUAAUUAUAAUGAUAACUAUUAUAUUUAUGCUGAUGUUUAAAUGCUUACCUUAAUUCCCUUAAUUACAAUUGAUUGACUGGUGGUGAUCAAACAAUUUAAAUUUUUUAUAUUCAAAAUUAUUAUUAUACAGACACAAAAUAGAUUUUACCUCAUCAAUGAAAAUCAUCACAACAAUCAACCUGUAAUCAUAAUUAUCACAAUAAUAAUAAUCAUCAUCACCAUCAUCAUGAUUACAAUCAACAUUUCAUUCAAUUAGCAAUUUUUUUAUAUUAAAACUAAACAACAAAUUUAAUUGACUUCGAGUGAUAACUUGUUAACAUGUUGAUUAAAUGUUGAUUAAUAGUGAUGAUUAGAUGAUGAUCAACUUGAUGAUGAAGAUGAUAUCUCAUCAUCUUCCUUUCUCUCUCUCUCUCUUUCAUCUUUUUCUUCAUUUAUUUAAAUUCACCAACAAUCAAAAUUUACUACACCAAACAAUCAUCAUCAGCAAUUAACUUGUUUUUUGCUCUUGCCUUUCAUCAUCAUCAACAACAUCGUAACCAAAUCAACCAAAAAAAUAACUAAAUUGCAACAAAAAGAUAAUCAAAAAGUUUUUACUACAACAAAUCAUCAAUAAUCAUCAACAUAAUAUCAUCAUCAACGACAACGAAGACAACAAUUAACAGAAACAAUUGAUUACCAUCAAAUUGUUGUUGCAAUUAACUUUCGCCUUGGAUAACUUUCCCCUUCUCUCUCUCUCUCUCUCUCUUCAUUUAUAUUAUCAAUGAUAACUAUUUAAUUUUCAUUCAAAUUUACAACAAUUAAUUAAAUCUCAUUUCAUGUCGACGUAAUUUUUUUCUUGCCGCUUCACUUUUCAUCCGAAUCAUCAUCAUUCUCAUCAUCCACACACCUCUCUCUCUCUUUCUCACUCUCUCCCAUUAUCAUAAUCUUCAUCUUCAUCUUGAUAUUUUCCUCCUCCUCUUUAUCCAGUCUCUCCUCCUCCUCCUCUUCCUCCUCCCUUCCCUCCACCACCACCACACUAACACCACCACCCACCCUCCAAUUUCACACACUCAUCUCUCCCUCUCUGUCUCUCUCUCUCAUCAACCAUCAUCAUCUUUCAUUGAUUUGAUAUAAUCAAUACAAUUUAACCCUUCAUUUUGUGU